GACUUUUGCCAAAUAAAAUACCAUGUAUUAGUAAAGUAUCAAACCAAGAAUCCAGUUCUAAAUGUCACAGCAUAAUGGAAUUAUGUAAGAGGUCGAGGAGAAGUACUGGAUUUACUUUAAGAUGUAACAGAAAUCGUAAUCAUGAAUGUGCAAGUAGGAAGUACAGCUUCUUUGAGAAAUCAAAAUUAACAAUACAAGAUAUAAUGGUGUUCAUUCAAACUUAUCUAGAAGCAAAUACGCUAUAUCAAUGUAGUAGGCAAUCAGGCAUUCACUAUCAAAGUGCAGGGGUGGACUGGGGUAGUUUUAUCCGAGAACUUUUUAAAGAACACUUUCAUACACAUGUACUCAAUCGUAAAUUGAAGGAAGUAAUUGAAAUAGACGAAUCACUAUUUGGUAGAAGAAUUAAACAGCAUAGAGGAAAUCAUAGAAAAGGUUGUAAAAUAUGGGUAUUUAGAAUGGUAGAAAGAGAAUCAAAUUCCAUUAUAUUAUAUCCUGUCAGAGAUAGAUCUCAAAAAACUUUGUUACCCCUCAUUGAACGUCACGUAGAAAAAGGUUCGACAAUUUAUAGCGACGGAUGGAGCGCUUAUUGCCCUUUAAAUGAGUUGGGAUAUAAUCACUUCUCCGUCAUUCAUAAGUUCACAUUCAAAAGUUCUUAUAGAAAUCUUGAUACAGGGGAGGUAAUUCAGGUCCAUACCAAUAGAAUAGAGGGAGCUUGGAAACAUGCCAAGGAUAACUUCAAAAGUAUUGCAGGAACCCAAUUAAGUCAAUUUGAAGGUCACCUGGCAAAAGUAAUUUGGAGAUCAGAGGUAAAAGGCAGAUAUUUUGAGCCUUUCUUUGAUUUAUUCCGUGACAUAUACAGUUUGAAAGAACCCCCAAAGUACACUUACCCAACUCCUCUCUUUGACUCAUGGGACUUUAACAAUGAAUGUGACGAUGCAACCUUCCGGGAAUGGGAAGUUAUACCAACAUUAGCAGAUAACGAUACUGACACUGAUUCAGGAUCAAACUUAUCUGAAGGGGAUGUUAUAUCCAUUUCUUCUGACAGUGCAAGAAGUGCAGCCGCUGCAUAUGUCACAAGUGAAAAACAAGGUAGUUGUACUUCAAUACAGUCAACUUCAAGAGAAGUAGAUGUAGAAAAAGAAACUGAAUCUAGUGAUAGUGAAGUGAAUAAAACUACAACAGAGCAUAGAGAUGUUGUAACGUUACGGGAGAAAGUUGAUCGUUUACGUCUGAAAUUGAAGAACACAGAGAAAUAUAAGAAAAAGCAUACAAUGAAAGAUGAUAGUGUGUGCCAUUCAGUAGGAUAUGUUACAUUAAGAAAACAGACCAGCAGACAUAAAAAAAUACUUUGGAAAAUCCAUAUGUAA